GGCGGUGCCAGGAUGCGCGGGACCAGUGUAAGAAGGUGGUUUGCAGACUUGCAGACUUCCAGAGUACUGCUUGGACUUUAGACUGCGGCCUCUGCUCCAGGAGGGACCCCUGUGCCCGAAGGCCAUGGGUCGGAUCUCAGGCCUCGUUCCCUCUCGUUUUUUGACGCUUUUGGCGCAUCUGGUAGUGGUUAUCACCUUAUUCUGGUCCCGGGACAGCAACAUCCUAGCUUGCCUGCCUCUCAAGUUCACGCCUGAGGAAUAUAAAAAGCAAGACAUUCAGUUGGUGAUAGCACUCUCUGUCACCCUGGGCCUCUUUGCAGUGGAGCUGGCCGGUUUUCUCUCAGGAGUUUCCAUGUUCAACAGCACUCAGAGUCUCAUCUCCAUUGGGGCUCACUGUAGUGCCUCGGUGGCCCUAUCCUUCUUCAUAUUCGAGCGUUGGGAGUGUACCACGUACUGGUACAUUUUUGUCUUCUGCAGUGUCCUCCCAGCUGUCACGGAAGUGGCAUUAUUUGUGGCUGUCUUUGGGCUGAAAAAGAAACCUUUCUGAUCAUCUUCAUGGCAAGAAAAUAGAGACGAAGACCGGAGGAACCAGGAGUCCUGGAAGAAGAAAGGCACAGGUUUCUGUCCUUUCCCUCCAUGGCCACCCUCACCUGCGACUGUUUUUGGUAGAGAGUGGUGAUGUUGGGGUGAUUAGUCUGGAAUCUGGGAUUAGUGUUUUACUUGUGUUUUAUAAUAAAAUAUAUUUAUAAUGAGA